CUUGCGGCAGUCCGGGGGACACGGAGGAUGAGCACGAGAUGACGAUGGGAAACGAAGUGGGAGCAGUUCCUGGUGAGGGCGGCAGUAACAGCAGCAGCAUUCUAGCCAAGUCCGUCCUGUUUGAGAGUAACGACAAGGCUCUCGUGGUCAUCGACAUCCCGAGGUCACUUGAGGAGAGCCAAGUCCUGUCCUUUCAGGCCCCCGGCCGCCGCAUCGUCUCCGCUGAGCCCCCCGCAACGCCCUAUGCAACGCCAGAGCCGCGACAUGGUGUCGACUACUCCUCGCAGGCUUUGUCAUCGCCCGCCGCACAGCUCGCUGAACUCAUGACUACUGCCGCGGUUCAGAGUGCGCUGGAGGACCUUGCCUCGACGUACCCCGGCCCUUGGCACCUCGCCCGUUUCCUUGAGCCGCAACCGCCGUUGAUAUCCGGCCUACCACCGCACAUCCCCGCUAAAGCCGAGCACCUGUGUGGCUCUAUCCAGGAACUGCGUGAGUCCUUCAACGCAUCAGCUCCCAGCUUUGAUCUUGUCGUCUUGGAUCCGCCAUGGCCGAAUCGGUCCGCGAGGAGGAGGACGAACAAGUAUGCGAUGGUUCAGAAUCUCAAUGAGAUGCGCCGCCUCAUGCUGGACAUCCCCAUUGCCUCCCACCUUAGUCCGGAUGGCCUGGUCGCCGUCUGGAUCACUAACAAGCCCAGCAUCCACGACUUUCUUGUCUCGCCUACGGGCCUCUUCGCUGCGUGGGGUCUCGAGGUUGUCACCGAGUGGACGUGGGUCAAGGUCACAACCUCAGGCGAGCCACUGUAUGACGUUGAGUCGGUGUGGAGGAAGCCUUGGGAGAAGCUCGUCAUUGCAAAACGCAGAGGCAGCAAGAGCCCAGACUCUCUGAAGCCCAAAAUCAUCAUGGCAGUACCGGACGUGCACUCAAGGAAACCCAACCUGCGUGGCCUGUUCCAGGAUAUCCUCGAGGAAGGCUAUCUUGGCCUCGAGGUCUUUGCACGUAGCUUGACAGCGGGGUGGUGGGGUUGGGGCGACCAGGUCUUGCACUUUCAGCAGGCGGAGCAUUGGAGUUCAAUAGACAAUGUGUAGAGGAGCAGAUAUCUGGGC